GAAGCGUUGCUGUCUCGACACCAGUAAGACAUUAUGCUAGAGGUGUAAAGAUCAAACCUGCAGCCCCGCAGAGCCAGCUCAGUGAUCUUCAACCAUCAAUGCUGAAGUUAGAAUAUGCAUCGGUCCCUUGUGCCCAAACGGCUGAUGAUCUUGUCAAACGUAUUCUUUCACUGGAACUGGCAAGUCAUAAGGAAAAGCUAGAACUGAAGAAGGAACAACUGAUCGCAAAGGUUCAACGUGAUGAAAAUGAUCGGAACUCAGUGGAAGUUCGAGUGGCUGUUCUGACUGCAAGAAUUAGAAACUUUCAGGAGCAUCUGCAAAAGCACCGCAAGGACAAAGCUAACAAGAGGUGGAUGCUCAUGGCCAUUGAUAAAAGGAAAAAGCUUCUGAAAAACUUCAGAUUGGUUAAUUAUGACGCCUUUGAGCGAGUGUGUGAACAGCUGGGCAUCACCUACACCUUACCCCCAGCGUACAACAGGCGGCCGACCAAACGCUGGCUGGUCAAGAAAGAACUCUGCAAAAGGGUUUUUAAUGCUGUGCAGGCAAAGAAAGCGGAGCUGAAGGGAAAGCUAGGCUCCACAAWGUCAAAAGCCAAAACAUCAAAAGCUUAGUAAAAAAUAUUCUGUACAAUCUUGAUUUAUGAAUACUUGCUCCUUUGUUUUCUAUUUUUCUUUAACUUUCAGGUCCCAGCUGUUUGAUGUCAUAUGCUACCAUCCUAAUUAAUGUUGUUAGAUAUCUGACUGUACAAACAUCUGAAAAUGUCAGAAAAUAAUGAAAAUAAAUUGUCCCUGGGAACUUCAUUGUGAUUAA